UUAAUUCCCCCUCCAAGCCCUCUAAGAGGAUGUUAAUGAGCUAAUGAACGUUAUUAAUUAAUUAUCAGGCGCUAAUUAAGCCAUGGGGGAGCUGAGCGACCUGGACCGGCAGAUCGAGCAGCUGCGGCGCUGCGAGCUCAUCAAGGAGAGCGAGGUCAAGGCCCUCUGCGCCAAGGCCCGGGAGAUCCUGGUGGAGGAGAGCAACGUGCAGCGCGUCGACUCCCCGGUCACCGUGUGCGGGGACAUCCACGGGCAGUUCUACGACCUCAAGGAGCUCUUCCGGGUGGGCGGGGAUGUCCCGGAGACGAAUUACCUGUUCAUGGGCGACUUCGUCGACCGCGGCUUCUACAGCGUGGAGACCUUCCUGCUGCUGCUGGCGCUCAAGGUGCGGUACCCGGACCGGAUCACGCUGAUCCGCGGCAAUCACGAGUCCCGUCAGAUCACGCAGGUGUACGGCUUCUACGACGAGUGCCUGCGCAAGUACGGCUCGGUCACCGUGUGGCGCUACUGCACCGAGAUCUUCGACUACCUGAGCCUGUCGGCCAUCAUCGACGGCAAGAUUUUCUGCGUGCACGGGGGCCUCUCGCCGUCCAUCCAGACCCUGGACCAGAUCCGCACCAUCGACCGCAAGCAGGAGGUGCCGCACGACGGCCCCAUGUGCGACCUGCUCUGGUCCGACCCCGAAGACACCACGGGCUGGGGCGUGUCGCCGCGCGGCGCGGGUUACCUGUUCGGCUCCGACGUGGUGGCGCAGUUCAACGCCGCCAACGAGGUCUCCAUGAUCUGCCGCGCCCACCAGCUCGUCAUGGAGGGCUACAAGUGGCACUUCGGCGAGACCGUGCUCACCGUCUGGUCCGCGCCCAAUUACUGCUACCGGUGCGGUAACGUGGCGGCCAUCUUGGAGCUGGACGAGCACCUGCAGAAGGAGUUCAUCAUCUUCGAGGCGGCGCCGCAGGAGACGCGCGGCAUCCCCGCCAAGAAACCCGUGGCCGACUACUUCCUGUGACGCACCUGGGCACACCUGGGCACACCUGGGCACACCUGGGCACACCUGGGUAUGGCUAGGGUACACCUGGGCAUGGCUAGGGUACACCUGGGGGUACCUGGGUACUUCCUGUGACGCACCUGGGCACACCUGGGGGCACCUGGGGGCACCUGGGCACACCUGGGUAUGGCUAGGGUACACCUGGGCACACCUGGGGGCA